AUGUCUACCAAGUACACAACGACCCCCAUACCUAUUACCUGGUUACUCAGCCCUGGGCGCCAUAUACGCUGGAGAGAUUUAUCCAUGAUACGGACAAUCAGAGACGAAAAUCGUGUCCAUGGGCUAGCGGACGGACUUGAUUACCUUCAUGAACAUUCGAUAAAGCAUAAGGAUAUAAAGCUAGAUAACAUCCUGCUUUACGAUGACAGUACCAGAGGGAUCCGGCCGAUAAUUGCAGAUUUCAGUGUGAGCAAAGUCUUCAGACAAGGUGGAACCACAAACUAUUCCAAGAGCACGUAUCAUUAUCUUACGCCCGAACAAGUCAACCACACAGACAGUAGUCUCAAGGCAGAUGUCUGGCAGAUGGGCUGUUGCUUUGCGUUCUUGUUGGUAAUCCUCACUGAAGGAUCUCGAGGGUCAUGGGAAUUAUGGGAAAGCUUUAACAACGAUGAUCCAAACCGCUCCUGCAGAAUCUCGACGGAAUCCGAACAGUUUAUGAAGACUCUACGGCGACUUUGCUGGAAAAGCACAUAUCCCCAGGAGUAUGUACUAUGGAUAAUCACUGGGAUGCUAGAGUUACUACCAACGGCACGAAUGGAUAUUCGAGCCGUGAGAGAGGAGUUGUUAUAA